CAACUCUGGAGAAGACCUCGGGGAUGCCACUGAAGCAGCUGCUUUGUCCAUAAUUGCCAGCUGGCUGGUUGGUCUGCUCCGCGGAAAUCCCAUCCCUCCGGAGGGGCUGCCUCAGAUCCCACCGCCCGGAGGAAUAGGCUGCAGUUUCUGACAUGGAUUUGCUCUUGAUGUGCCCCUUUCUGUUCACGCUCAUGUUGUCCAAGGGCAGCUUCGCAGACCUGCAAAAACAGAGGGUGGACUCUGGCUUGGAAAUCUAUAAGAAGCUGUUUGAGGUGAAGCGCAAGGACCAGAUGAAUGCGCUGAAGAACCUUGUUGAGCUCAAUGAUGUGAACCAGCAGUACAAGAUCAUUGACAUCAUGCUCAAGGGACUUUUCAAGGUGCUGGAGGACUCCCGGGCCGUGCUAAUAGCUGCAGAUGUGCCACCAGAUGGGCCUUUUCCUCAGGAUGAGAAGCUGAAGGAUGCGUACUCCCACGUGGUGGAGAACACGGCCUUCUUCGGAGACGUUGUCCUGCGCUUCCCCAAGAUUGUGCACCACUACUUCGACCGCAACUCCAACUGGAACAACCUCAUCCGCUGGGGGAUUGGUUUCUGCAACCUGACAGGGGUGUUUGAGCAGGGACCCCACUCCCACGUCCUGGGGCUGAUGGCUCAGGAGCUGGGAAUCAGCGAGAAAUCUCCCGAUUACCGCAAUCCCUUUAAAACUGACCACUCUGAGUUCUUCCCCGGCGCAGACACCUUCCAGAAGGCGCUGCGGGAGGAGGAGAAGCGGCGGAAGAAGGAGGAGAAGCGGAAGGAAAUCCGCAAGGGCCCGCGGAUCUCGCGCUCGCAGUCCGACUUGUAGCACUGGGCUCAGCCUCGUGGCGGGCACCGGGCUGGCCGGAGACAUGCUGCCGGGUGGCAGACCAGCUUGGCAGCCUCUGGCCGGUGCCCAGCCGUUCGCUUUCCAUUUGUGCAGUGGGUUUUGUUUCGUUGCAUUUCCCCUUCCGUUCGGCGCAACAGCUGGGCGGGGGCCCUGAGAUGGACAGGGUCUUUUGGCAUGGGGAAGCUCCGGGGAUUUGGGGUGUGCCCGUGUCGCAGCCCGGUGGGGUUGCCCCACGGAGGAGGGGGGCCUGGAGUCGGCGCCCUUUCCCUAGAGCCAAAGCACAGAGGGGAAGGCACUGGGGCUGCGGCAGGGACGUUGCUGUACCCGAGCCCUCGGGAGCUUCCCGCUGCUGGAGAAAUACAGCAUAACGCACAUUAAAUGUGCCACCUCCGUCCGGGGGGGGGGGGGGGGGCGGGGAGCUCGUGGCGUAAGCAAAUAGCUUCAUGAGCAACGCUGCUUCUAUGAAUUUUAUUUUAUCUUUAAAUCGGUGAUGUCGUUUCCGCUCGUCCCAGCCCGGUGCUACCUGAUCUCUGCCUGGUUGAUGCCCCUGUUGCCCGAUGAGAUCUCCCCUUCUGGCAGCUGUUUUACCGUGCAGCGGACGUUUCACCCGCGAUGGCUGAAAAGGCCGAAAGAGCUGUUUCCCGGCCAGAUUGCGUCCCGUUUCCCCGAGCGGCCACCAGCGUGGUUCCCCACGGGGACGCCGGGAUGCAAACGGCACUGAGCCGCGCUUGCAGGAGCGGACAUGGCCUCUCCCCCGUCCUCCUCCCUGAGGCUGCUUGGAGUCAGGCGGGUGCAGGGGGCACAUCCGAGGCGUCUGGCUGUGGGAGAGAGGUCGGGGCGAGGGGUCCGUGGGGCAGCGUGCACAGGACAUGAGGGGCAGGGCAGGCGAGGGCUAAACCGGCCACAAGCCAUCCCUGCGAGGGGAUUGCAGUGGAGGUACCGAGCCUGGCUUGUCCAAAGGCAAAAUCCUCCCCACUUCUCCUCUGCAUGGCAGCGGCGAGCACAAAACAAAUCGGAGAAGGAGGGAUUUCAGGUCUUGGCCAUCUUUGCAGCCGCUGGGUGCCCGUUUUGCAAGCGCUGCUGUCGCCGCCACCUAAAUUGCUGCAAAACCACCCCUUAAGCCUGUGCUGCACCUGCACAACUGGCUCCCAUCGCCGGUGGGGACGGCGGGACAGAGCAGCCCCAGCUUAGGAGGGGGACGCAGCCGCCGGCUCUGCUCCCCUCGGCCCGUGGCGGUGUGGGAGCCGGCCGAGGAGCGCCUGCCCGGCGGCAGGACCCUCGCCGCGACCCAGUGCUUUCCCAUGCUGCACAUCAGGCUACUCUAUGGGACCAGAGCUGGCAGGCGUCCUUUAUUUUUAAAUAGACGGGUACGUUUGAUGGGGGUGUUGGGAACUUGCAUUGAAAUGGGAAGUGUUUUGUUUUCCUUGAAUAAAUCUGAUUUUUUUUUUAAAAAAAAAAGCCUGUUUCUUAAUGGUGUUUCCAUUGGGAGCACUUCCAAAAUGGGCGGGUGCCCAAGGGCGUGAGGUUUGGCCUGCCAUGAAAUGACUGUAUUUUAGAAGGUGCGUAAGCAAGGAGAUACUAACAGUAUUAGACAAACUCUCCCGGCUGGUUACCUGGGAAAUUGGAGCCCCUUUUAAUAAAAUCUCUUCCUGUGAAACUUA